AUGGUGUCCCUUCAAGACAGGCAAACUAUCAUUGCAUUUGCCACUCUUGCUGCUUCCGUAAUGCUUGUUCGUAGAAUUGCCAGUGCCUUCGUCCCUUUUGGUGUCCGAAGAUACUUCUCCAACCUCCAUAGCUUCUCUUCCCAUUUCUCCACUCAACUACUCACUGUUGUUGUAGAAAAAGAUCAAAGGCCAGAGUUUAACCAAUUGUUUCAGGCAGCUGAUUUCUACUGGGGCAAUCUGGUUACCUCAUCAAUAAUCAGGGGUAGAGAGGCUGAGGAAGAAACUGCCGUCGACAAAGAUCUUGAGAUUCUUGAUGUUUUUCGAAAUGUGAAAAUAAGGUGGAAAUUGGUUUUCACAAAGGUUGAGCAUAUUGAGAAAAUAAACACAACCAUGCAAUCAGGUAGAAGAACCUAUGAGCUAACUUUUCACAAGGAACACAAAGAUACUGUGCUGAAUCUGUACUUGGCAUACGUUUUGGAGCAAGAAAAGGCCAUUAAAGAAGAAAGAAGGGUUCAACGAUUUCAAAAGUUCCGCAACAGACGGUGGGAAUUGGACGACACAUUUGAGCACACAACGAACUUCAAGACCCUUGUAAUGGAACCACAGCUGAAGAAAAUACUAUUGGAUGAUUUGAACACCUUCAUGAGUGCUCAGGAAAAGUACAGAAGAAUUGGGAAAGCUUGGAAUCGUCGGUACUUGUUAUGUGGCCCUCCUGGCACAGGCAAGUCAGGCUUGAUUGCAGCCAUGGCUAAUCACUUAAAUUAUGACAUCUACAAGCUGGAUCGAACAGAUUUUAAUAUUCACUACAUCAUGCAUCACGAAGUCCCCAGUAAAUCAAUUUUGGUGUUCAAGGAUAUUGAUUGCGAUGUCGAGCUACUAGAUCAAGAACAUGAGAACGGACCAGAGAAUUAUGAUGAACAUAAGAGGAUGAUGUCUCUGUUCCUCGAAGCCACUGAUGGACUAUGGUUAUCUUGCAGCAACGAACUUAUUCUCGUUUAUAUGGCCAAUAACAAAGCAAUGCUUGAUCCAGCUUUACUUGGUCGCACGGACAUGCACAUUAACAUGUCAUAUUGUACCAUCUCUACAUUCAAGCAACUAGCCUUCCAGUAUCUUGCAGUUCAACAUCACAAAUUCUUUGAAGAAAUUGAAGGACUCAUAGAGGAUGUUGAAGUCGCCCCUGAAGAAGUCUUACGACAAUUAAUGAAGAGUAGUGACAUAGAAGCUUCUUUCCAAGGCCUUGUUAGAUUCCUUCAUGACAAGAAAUUUAAUCUUGAAAAACCUGAAACCAGCAUGAAAACUGAAUCUAUAGAAUAGAAAAAGGAGAGGAAAAGAUCAUCGGCUAGCAGAUUGGAAAGGGCGAUAGAAGUUGGAGACAUCUCAAGGUUAAGAACAUGAAUGAAGUGGAUUACAAAGCACAGACAUGCUCAUGAGUUUGUUCAGUUGAUGGGAUGGUUCGAAUUUGUCUCUAGGAGUUAGGGAAGAAUGCUACAAUGUAAUCUUGGCAAAUUGGACAACUAUUUGAGAUUUCUGAAAGGAAAUAAUAGUUCCUUCUGUAUUCACAUACCACAAUACUAAAUAAAAUUAAUUUCUAACUAA